AUGGCCCCAAUUCGUCCAGCUCCAGCCUACGACGCUCCUGCAGGCUCGCCAGUUCAUGCCGACAAGGCAUUCUACACCCGCGUAGCCGAGACAGCAAACAAACCCGGCGGCCGCGUCCUCGAAUACUCUGCUAUCAUCCGUCCACGCGCCGGUCACGCAUGGAAGGUUCGUGCCGGCCAGGUCUGCAGGAUCACCGCCCCCGAGGGGCCCCAGGUCGGCGACUUCAACAUCUGGAACCUGCAUAACCCCCGCGAGCGCUUCUGGGCAACGCGCACCCGGCAGAUCCACCAGAGCCACGUCUCCGUGUUCGAUCGCCUGUGGUCCUGCCUACCGUUCAUGCGGCCCCUUAUGACCAUCACUGCCGACUCGCUGGCGGACUACGGAGUUGACGAGUACGGCGGUCGUGUCCACGACUGCCUGGGCACCCGAUGUGAUCCGUACAUCAACCUGCUGAUGGGCGGCGAGAGCGACGAUUUCCACUGCCAUUCAAACCUCACUCGCGCCGUGGCCCCUUACGGACUCAACGAAUUUGACGUGCACGACGUGAUCAACGUGUUUCAGGUGACGAAGCUCGAUGAAAAGGGUAGAUAUUGUAUGGGCGCUUCUCCCGCAAAGAAGGGCGACUAUUUCGAAUUCUUCGCCGAGGUCGAUCUGCUCUGCGCCUUGUCGACCUGUCCCGGCGGAGAUCUCUCCCACUGGGGCUGGGAUGGAAGCGGCGAAAUGCGCGAAACCGCCCGGCCGUUGGGCGUAGAGGUUUACAACAUGACGGACUCGAGUAUCUUGGACGGAUGGAAGUCCCCCGAACCCUCUAAAUAUAAGGGUAUGCAUGGCAUUAAGAUGCCGGCUCGGGAGCCAGACUCCACAGUCGUAGGAUUGUGAACAAUUCAUCUGAAGAUAAUUGGACUAUGGCAUUGAAAAAAAAAUUUUCCUUCUUUUAACCCCUCUUAGUUGUGAUCUUUGAGAUAUCUAUUUACUUUGGCCAAAAAAAAAAAAAAAAGUUGAUCUCAUACCGUUGUAACGAACGAGAUAUUCUCUAGUAAUUUCAACUGACUUCAGGAUGUUUGGACGCGUGACAAAUCGCCACCGGCAAUCCUUGAAUUGCGUUGUGCUAACCGAUCUCUAUAUAUCUAUCUAUCUGUUUUAUUACUGA